UUUAGGGAGCUCAAAUUGUCGAGCGCAGGUGAAGAAGGUGGUGAUUACUGGCCGCCGGUUAUCAGUUUGCCGAGAUAACAGUAUAGUCGAGACUCGCGAAAUGAGUAAACGCGAUGACAUACCACCAACGUUAAUCAGUGCGUAACUUUAACUCGGUCUGAACGGCAGCAGGUUAAACGCCCACAUUUCGGGGGAUCUUUACCACAACAGCAGCUACAAACAAAAUCAUUCACAUCCAGAGAUAGAAAAGAGAUUUGUGUGCACCUCUUUUGUCGACACGGAUGCAUCAUGGAUAUGGAAAGUGUCACAUAUGCGUACAUCUCCGAACCGGUUGAGUUUAGGCAGCUGGAGGGCAAAGCCAUCGAUUUUCGCAAGACGUUCGAUGUGCGCGGUCGCGGCACCGAUGAAAUGCUCCAAUUAUAUUUGCGCAAGGCCAAUCUAUCCGAUGAUCUCGACGCGAUACCGGCGAUGCAGCGACGUGCCUAUGUUUACGACAUUAUUAGAAGUCAUAAGAGUCCCGGUUAUUGGGUGGUAAAUUGUGCUUUUAAAAAUAGCAACAGCAACCGCAUCAUCAUCAUCGUCACCACCAUAGUCAUCAUCAAACUCAGUCAUCAGCCGUUUGCGGUCACAGCAGCUUUGUUCAUCUUUGUUCUAUGUGUGUAUUUGCAGCCACCGUUUAUGCAGGUGAGCAGUGACGUGUUUGCACAGCCACCGCCCGCAGUUCUACCGCCACCAUCAGCUCGCUCCACACCGGGUUCCGAACGUCGUCUCUUUGGCGCAGACGCUGCCAGCUUAAAAAUGAGCUAUUCCUCCUCAUCAAACAGUUUGAACAGUAUUGGCGGUGCCUCGAGUGGUGCUCUGCCAGGUCCCAGCUUUAGCACCAGCGUUCUCACCAGCAAAAAGGGCUCCAAGUAUGAGAUUAGCGGACCAGUCAACUUUCAGCAUGUCUCCGGAGAUGUCACCAGGGAUCGCACUCGCAACGCAUUUGAUUUGAAUGAGUCGAACAAUGACAAUGUGCUCAAAAAGUACAUGAUGGAGCAUAGGAUCACGGAGGAGGAUGUGGCGGGCAUGCGACGCCAGGAUCUCAUCAAGAAGAUUGUGCACUCCAAUUUUACCUGGCUGCCCAAAAAGGAUCAGCCAGCCAAGACGAAAGCUGCACCAGCUACGCUGCAGUAUGCCACCAUUUCCACUAACAAUCAGAUAACUCCGCCACCUUCUCCUCCGCCGACACAUCGAAAUCCUCCUUCGGCUCAAUUCUCCAACUAUGCCACGCUAACUUCGCGCUUCGUGGACAUCUCCGAUAUGGAUGCGCCUUCCAUGGGUCCACCACCGCCGUCAAGUCACAGACAGCCAGAAGUUGUGGGCACUGUGGUGCCCGUGCAAUUGCAGAACAACAGAUCCAAAGUGCCACCACCUCCCUCGGCUGUCACGGCGGCCAACACACGACCCAAACAGCCGCAAGUGCCACAGCAGCUGACGGUUGAAGUACGUCCUUCGCAGACAAAGACAUCGACUGACAUGUAUGCCACCAUUGGUCCGACGCAGCGCAAGGUGGGCACAAUGCGUGUGCCUCCUCCAGCGCCUCCCAAGCCUUCAGUAGCGCCCAGUGCAACGACAGCCCAAGUGCAAUAUGCGCCUACCAAACAGGCGCCUCCUCCGCCUGCGGUCAAGGCCGCUCCACAGCCACAGUAUGUUCCUCCAACUCCAUAUGGAGCGCGAAGUGAGACACAGAAUGCUGCUCCAACGGCAGCCCGCAGUGCGGCUCCUCCCUUUGCCGCUGAGCUCGUGCAGUCACGUUUUGGUGGUCCACAGACGCGACCACAGGCUGCUACUCAAUUGCCAGUGCAGAAGCCAAAAACGACAACUGCGAUUCCGCCGCCGCCGCCACCACAACCGACCAGCGGAGCAGCAGCACCCCCACCGCCACCUCCGAUGCCAGCAGCUGCUCCAAUACCGCCACCACCGCCGCCAGUAGCAGCUGGAGGAGUACCGAUGCCUCCACCUCCGCCACCAGCUGGAGGAGCACCGAUGCCACCGCCGCCGCCAUCAGCGGCGAUGGGUCUUAAAAAGUCUGAACCAGUCAAGACAGCGCCAACAGCUGCUGCAGGUGGUGGAGGCGACGAUCGCGAUGCAUUCUUGCUAAGCAUACGCAAGGGCGUCACACUAAAGAAAGUCGACCGGAAAUCAGCCACAAUUAGCGGCAUUAAGCCACGUGCUGAAAAGAAGCCAGCCACCAUGGAUUUCCUGAGUGAACUUAAAUUAGGCAUCACGUCGCGACGAGUCAAAAAUCCAGCCGAUAAUCCUUACUCCGAAGCCAACACCGGCAAUGAAUCACAGGCGUAAAUUUGAAUUCGUCAACCUUUUUCACUAAAAUGGGCAACGCUGUGUACUAAGAUUGACCACCACUACCUACAUUUAAAGUGACCAGCCUACGAGCGAAAUUCAAAAAAAUUAUUGCAUACUUUAAUUACUUAUUUGCUAAAUUACAUUUAUUUAUAUGUAUAUAUACCAUACCUAUAUAACGCACACUGCUGAGCUUUAAAAUAGCAAUAACAGCACAUUAAUUACGAUAUAGACAAGAAUGUUCUUCAUGACAUUUACAAUUACCAGUGAAAUCUGUAAAUAAAUACACUUGUGUAUA